GACGGGGUUUAAAAUUACCAAAGUCGCUGCUCGCUAAAACGGUUUAUAGCUCCGACCCACAAGGACGCCUCCAAUCCUGAUACAGACUCCAGAGAGAAAGCAGCAGAAAGAUUAUUUGGAGAUAGAAAGAGAGAUGACAGUGAUGAAGACGUUGAGGAUAUUUGUAGCUCAAGAGCCUGUUGUCGCUGCCUCUUGCCUCAUUGCUGGCUUUGGCCUCUUUCUUCCGGCUGUUGUGAGGCCUAUACUGGACUCUUUUGAAUCGUCUAAGCAAGUACCUCAACCUGCUCUGAGUGAUGUGGUUGCAGGUAUGACUGGUAAAAAGCAGGGGUGAUGUUGAAGUAGAUGAUUGUUUGUGAUCUAUUUUUAACCCCACAGAUUUGUCUCUUCUCUCCACCCUGAUAUGAGAAAUAAGAAUUGGUGAUUUUCAGUAUGUCCUCUUAAUCAAAAGCAAUACUGUAACCAAACAUCUACUGGAUCUUACUAAGGUUUAUAUGCCUUUUGAUGUCAUUGUAUAAUCAUCUUUAUCGUUAAAUAUUUAUGAUCGGUCCAUUGAAGUUCCUGUAGUUUUGAGGUCA